CUCAGCUGCUGUUCGGGCGGGACCCAGGCUGGACCGCGGGCCCCGGCCUGGGGGCCACAGCUGCCACCUCCGCCGCCACCUCAUCUCCUCCCCGUUCCCGUCCCGCCCCGCGUCUUCCCGCCGUAGUCGGGCCGGAGGCCGGGGUCCCUCCCCGCCGUCCCACCCUGCGCGGAUGCCGAAGGUGAAGGCGCUGCAAUGCGCCCUGGCGCUGGAGAUCCGCUCUGUAACUUGUCCAGGAGUGGUGCUGAAAGAUAAGGAGGACAUCUAUCUUAGUAUCUGUGUGUUUGGCCAAUACAAAAAGACACAAUGUGUCCCAGCCACUUUUCCCCUGGUCUUCAAUGCCAGAAUGGUGUUUGAAAAGGUGUUCCCGGAAGCAGUAGACCCUGGAGAUGUGGUUGCACAGCUUGAGUAGAGAGACACAGCUGAGAACUUCUCUUGGCGUCCCUCCGGGUACCUUCUACUGACUCGUGUCGAGGCUGAGGCCUGGCUGUCUCUGCUAGAUGAUACAGCAGUGUUUGAGUUGAUACAGCUAGUUCCACCAGUGGGAGAAACACUGUCUACCUAUGAUGAAAAUACACGAGAUUUCAUGUUCCCGGGUCCAAACCAAAUUUCUGGACACCAUGAUUCAAACCGCCAGGUUACCAUGAGGAGGAUAUCUGGCCUAAGAGGAAUUGCUCCAAAGCUGGAAUUUUCUACAACUUCAGUGAUCACCGAAUGUUUGAUAAGCUCAAGGAAGUGCCGCACUCAGGAUAAAUUUACUUACCAUUCAGCUCCAGUUGAAAAAUCCCACGGCAGACUGCAAUGCAGAACAUCAAGAUCACAGAAGAAAAAGUCCAAGUCACCCGAGAGGAGUAAAUACUGCAUAAACACCAAGAACUACGAACAGCCUACAAUCUCUUCAAAGUCACAUUCUCCAUCUCCCUACACAAAGAGACGAAUGUGUGAGCUCUCCGAAGACACCCGGCGGCGGCUGGCCCAUUUAAAUCUGGGACCCUAUGAAUUCAAAAAGGAAACAGAUAAGCCUCCAUUUGUGAUUAGACAUGUUGAUCCCCCAAGUCCCAGGACUGACAAUUUUUUUGGAUCACCUGGCAGAGACUGUGAACGAGAUGGAUGGGUCAGGAUGCACAGUGAUCAUCCUCAUCUUGGCUGCUGCAGAUCCAAGGACUACAAGGUUAUCAGGUCACCACAUGGGAGAGACUUCGAGGAUCCCUUUGAAAGGUGUGAGGAAUAUUUGAGCCCAAGGACAUGUAGCAAGCCUCAGCAUUCUGCAAGGACCUUACUAGUCCAUUCAGCACCUUCAACAACACCAAAGCAUUGUGCAAGCCCUGUGCUAAAUAGAGCCUCUCUCAGGGAAAGAUUCCACUCUGAUUGGUGUUCACCUCCAAAUUGCGAUGAGAUCCAUGACCGGGUAAAAGAUGUCUUGAAAUCACAUCAAGCUCAUGCAAGACAUUUAUGUGAUGAGAGAGACCCAGAGAAAGAAGACGAACUGGAACUGAAAAGAAGUCUUUUAUAUAGAGACUCUGCCUAUGACAGUGACCCUGAAUAUAGCUCCUUCCAACGGCCGCGUGGCUCCUUCCAUUUGGAUGAUGGCGAAUGCUGGUCCAACAGAGCAGCCUCUUAUAAAGGGAAAUCCCACCGACCCGUCUUUGAGAACAGCAUGGACAAGAUGUACAGGAACUUAUACAAAAAAGCCUGUAGUUCUGUUUCUCAUACACAGGAAAGCUUCUGAGACCAUCUACCAUAAACUGUAUAAGCGUCCAUGUCAACUUCUCAAUGAAAGCGUUUGAUGUGAUCUGUAUUUGUAUGCCUUUCUUUAAAACAGAUGUUCACUGAAUAACAGACUUGAACCCAGCAUAUUUCUUCAAGUGGUAAAUUAUCACAGUCAAGCCUUUAUUACAGAAGAAUGUGCUGUUUCCAAUGUCAAAACUCUACAAAAUAGUCACAACUUCCAAUUUAUGACAAGGCUAUCCUGCCACAUGUGUUCCUAUCACCAUUGACAAACAAAAAAGAAUAGGUUCUUUUUAGAAUGUUCUUUCAUUUUUAUUCCCUUUUAAUUUUCCACCUUCUUGGCUGGUUAUCUUAUCUGGGUAAUAUUUAAUUAAUAUCAGCUUCCUGUUCUCAGUAAUGAGCAAAAAGAUGUUCUCUGCAGAAACAAAUUUUAAGAGUUUAAACCUGUUCUAACAAAUAUUAUUUACUUUUUCCCCUUAGAAGAGGCUAUUGUAUUUUUUAGAUCCUAAAGCUAGCUUUCUUUGUGAAGCUCACAUAUGCACUCCCUCCUGUAGAAGACCCACUGAGUUACCUGAAUGACUAACAGCUAGAUUCAUUCCCUAAGAGAGACCAUGAAUGGACCCCAAAUGCAGCUAAUAUUUUAGUGUUGAAUUAUUUGCAAUAUUUUCUUCUAGGAAAAUACACUUUGAUGCAAACAGAAUAAAUGAAGCAGCCUGUGUUAGUAAGCAUGUAGAAACUAAAAAUAAAUAAUUGGAAAUAAAAGAAUUAUAUUGUAACUUUA